CCAGCGUUGCGGCUGGGAAAAGGCUCAACGCCCGUCUGUGACGUCAUUUCUGCGCGACCCUUAGUUUUGGCGGAGCGUUUUCGGGUUGCUCCUGCGAACGAUGCCUAAAGUAGUGUCUCGGUCGGUAGUCUGCUCCGACACCCGGGAUCGGGAGGAGUAUGACGACGGCGAGAAGCCCCUCCACGUCUACUACUGUUUGUGUGGCCAGAUGGUCCUGGUGCUGGACUGUCAGUUAGAGAAAUUGCCCAUGAGGCCCCGGGAUCGGUCCCGUGUGAUUGAUGCUGCCAAACACGCCCACAAGUUUUGUAACACGGAAGACGAGGAGACCAUGUAUCUUCGGAGGCCUGAAGGCAUUGAACGACAGUACAGGAAGAAGUGUGCCAAGUGUGGCCUGCCACUCUUCUAUCAGUCCCAGCCCAAGAAUGCCCCCGUGACCUUCAUUGUGGACGGAGCAGUGGUCAAGUUCGGCCAGGGCUUUGGCAAAACGAACAUCUAUACUCAGAAACAAGAGCCUCCUAAGAAGGUCAUGAUGACCAAACGGACAAAAGACAUGGGCAAGUUCAGCUCCGUCACGGUGUCGACCAUUGAUGAGGAGGAAGAGGAGAUCGAGGCUAGAGAAGUCGCCGACUCCUAUGCACAGAAUGCCAAAGUGAUUGAAAAGCAGCUGGAGCGCAAAGGCAUGAGCAAAAGGCGGCUGCAGGAGCUGGCGGAACUGGAAGCCAAGAAAGCAAAGAUGAAGGGGACCUUGAUUGACAACCAGUUCAAGUGAUCAGGACCCUUCUCUCAACCCAGACCGGAGGCAGGCGUUUAGAGGAGGAGGAAAAAGAACCAUUUCUUGACUCCAUGGGCCACGUUUUUGCCCCAGCAGAAGGCUUGCCAUUGCUUCCCAUCGAUUCCUCCUACUUUUGGUGAGGUCUUUGAGUCCAUCUGACCUGCUUUCUAGAGAUGGGCUUUCUAAAUCUUUCUGUAUAUAGGUCUUCUGUACUAUUUUUUGUCCAUUUGAUGUAAACUUCUUCAGCUGUGUGGAAACUCUAUGAACACAUCAGUGCUCGAGUGUCUCUCGUUUCUAAAGUAGCUAUUCUUAUUCCCUCUUCAAAGUUAAUAAAAUGUUUAUAGAUUUUUGAAAAAAGUAGUAUGAUGUGUCAUAGAAAAAGUGGCAUGGAUUAUAUUUAAAGUUAUAGCAACUCUGGUUCUUUUAAGUGACUCUAUUCUUAGAUGGGCAGGAAUUGGCUAGGGUUUGAAUCUCUCUACUGUCAGAAAAGAAUCCAUAAAAAGCCAGAAUCUACAUAAAGCUUCCUUUAACUUCACGUUCAGAGAAACUUCCCUGGUAACAAACUACAGAAAUGAUCCCUGAAAGUAUAGUCUUGCUUCCUUUACUUCAAAUGGUAAAGUUAUAGGUGAGUUAUUCCUUAUCGGAUUUUGUACUUAAAGAAGGAACAGCCAGAUUAGAGUAAGGGAGGUGGGUAGGGUAGCCCAGAUCUAAAUGAAAAUGGGGUCUCAUUAAGCAACCCAAGGUAACUACCAUCCUGUUAGGCGGCUACAAAGAGUAUGGCUUCCAUAUGUGGGUAUGGGGAGAGACCUGGAGUAAGAGAUGAUACUGAGACAAAACAAACGUAUCUGUUGGCUAGCUUGUAUUCCACAUUUGCUAUUUGUAGAGGAGUGUUGUCUGUUUAAAUAUUUAGGGGUCCCGGGGUGGCUCAGUCAGUUAAGCAUCUGCCUUCGGCUCAGUCAUGAUCCUGAGGAUCAAGCCCCGCGUCGGGCUCCCUGAUCAGCGGGGAGUCUGCCUCUCCCUCUCCAUCUGCCCCUCCCCAACUCAUGCUCUCUCUCAUUUUCUCUCAUGCUCUCUCUCUCUCUCUCUCACUCAGAUGAAUAAAUAAAUAAAUAAAAUCUUUAAAAAUAAAAAAAAUAAAUAUUUAACGUCACGCUGUUUCAGUGAUAGCAAUAUGGAGUGUUACAUACCUGUUUUUAUC